ACAGCCCGAAAAACAUACAACAACCCUGUGAUUCAGCCAUGAGAUCCUUCGACAAUACAAAGUUUUUGCAGUUUAAUAAACGUUUCCCAUAUUUUUUAAUGAUAGAACAAAUUAGGAAAUGACGCUUAUAAUCCAGGAAUAAAAAUCAUGUUCCAUAGUGUUAUUUGUAUUUUGUUUCUUUUGUGGCAGUUUUCCUUAUAUGUUGUUUAAUAUUAUAUAUUCUGUUAUGUUAUAUAUAUUUUAAAAAAGUAGUGAUGAUGAAUAUAGAAUCAGAGAAUCACAGUUGGAAGAGACCACAAAGACCCACCCAUCUUACCCUCUUCUGGCAUUCAGGAAUACUCAUACAUAGACAAAGCCUAUUGAGGAGUGGCUUUGGGAGCUGGGUCUAUUAAACUUGAGAGAAGAGUGCGAGGGGACGUCAAUAGUCAGAUACCAAUAUUUUAAAAGAUGUCAUAUUGAGAUGUGUGCGAAUUUGUUUUUUUGCUACUCUGGAGACUACAACAAGGAGAAGUGGAUUCAAACUGCAGGAAAACUGAUCCAACUUAAGCAUUAGGAAGAACCUAAACAUUAGGAAGGGGGGGAUCUAAAGUAAAUUUUAAAAAGGAGAAGGGGGCCCUUAAGGUUUCUUAUUCCUACAUCUCUGGAAACAUCAGAUUUCCUCUUGCCUUUCCUAGAAAUGUUUUGUAAGAGAUGGAAUAAACAGAGAGAGAGGAAGAGAAAAAUGUCAUCAAAAUGGGAAAACUUGGCUUUGGAAGCUGAUUGGUAGCAAAGCCCUUUGUUACCCUUAGCAGCUAUAGUUUUCCACAUCCCCAUCACGGUUUCACGUGCACAAGAAUUGCCAUCUUUUAUUGGAAACACUCCCCUGGUUCACUGGCAACCACAUGCACCCUUCUGCUUGUAAAACCAUCCCAUCUGGUCCCUGGAUCUCCUGCAGUUGGCAGCUGGCAGGGCGACGGAGAAGCCCUUACAAUGGAGCCUGUUCUGGUUGCCAGAUGGGAAAUCAUCUUGCCAGCCAUCCUGUGUCUUGCAGAAGCAGCACCCAUAGGUCCCGUGAUCACAGAGGGAAGAACUGAAGAAUUGAAGUCAACCUUCCCCAUCAGCAUCAGCGGUGAGACGGCAGCUAUGAAAACAAACCCUCCACCAUGCAUAAUGGACACUAAUGUGACUUAUACUGUAACUGCCAUCUCUAAAGGAUACAAAAUCUCAUUUGCUGCAACAGUGAUUGUUUCAGAUAAGACCGUACUCAGUUCUGGAGGAUGUGGCACUAUUAGCCUUCAAAUCCCUUUGCCCAUCGUUGGAGCCCCUAACACAACUAUUCUUGAUACAACCACACAAGGGACUAUUUCAGGAGGGUCUUUUGUCCUUAAUACAACCAGCCUUGGUGCCUCCUCCUCUCCUUUUGAAGAUACCACUAAAAAUGCUCCCCCAAAUAUUAUCAACACCGUUUCUGCAAAGACUCCUUCCAUAUUAGACACAACAAUGGUGGCUCAUAAAACUACUACAGCCCAAAAUGGAGCUUUGACUAUGGAUAUGUUUGAUUUUCCCAAGCAACCCCUCUCUGAUCAGGAAGAUGUUAGUACACAACAAAUGCUAGGAACAGAAAGUCCUGUUGGUACAAUUACUGGGAAAACAAGCUUCUCAGGCCAGGAAGAUACCACCAUCACUCCCACACUUAGAGAGCCUUCAUCCGAUCCUCAAGAGAAUCCUGCAACAUGCUACCUGGACUGUGAUGGUUUCCCAGCAUGGGCUACAGUUCUUAUUUGCUUGACAACAACAUUCCUCCUUUUUACGCUUGUCGGUCUCCUGUUUUUGGUCCCUUACUGCAUGAAGUUCAGGCAUCCUCCUGCAAUGAUGUAUAAUUCAUCCCCUCGAUAUUCUGCUUAGCAUUUUUCCUCUGCAAUAUUUUGAGAUGAUUUAAUACUAGUGAAAAACUAUACAGAAGUCUCACUAAUCACUAUAAUGUUUCCAAGUUGUCAUUAAACCUGUUUUUGAAGUGGAGAUGGAUAAUCAUAAAUACUGGUUAGCACCUUACUAAUCAGUUAUGACUUUGUAGCUGUUUCCCAUUCCCAUUUAUCAUGACAGUACCAUUGGCAUGAUCAUGAAGGCCCCUAAAGCCCACUUUAAAAUCUAGACAGAUGUAUCAAGGGAAAGAAUUCUGCAGUACCAGAAAGCAGGGUGCCGAAGGAUCAUAUGUCUAGGCCACUCCCACCAGUGAGCCACAGUGCAAUGUCAGAAACAGGGACCACCUCAGGGUCUUCUCACAAUUCCUCACACUAUAGCUGGUAGAAGGGGGCUGGGUGGCUAGAGGAUUGAAAGACAAAUUGAAAUGGAUGUUAAAUAAUUGGAAUGAUUAUAUGUAUGAUCAAGUGCUGUUAUACAUUACUGGAAUUAUGACUAAGCAAGCACCAAGAAUGGACAAAGAAAAAGUCAUUACAAAUAGAUGGAAGGUCUACUUCAACUGGGUGAAAAAUGGAGGAGCCAACAAUCACAUCAAAG